AUGCAAUUCAAAUACCUCCUCCUCGCAUUAACAGCCCACAGCGCCGUGACUGCCGCGCUGCAGAGCUACACCCUCGACGACGGCACCCCCGUCGACGUCGCCGACGCAUCCAAAGUCCUCGACACCCUGGACCCGAAUGAUAACGACGCCAACGACAAGCGCAGCAUCAACCCCAACCCCGGCGGUGCUAAAAUGCUCGUGCGCCGCGACUGCGACCCAGGCUCGGACUUCCCCUGGCUGUGCCAGUCCGGCAACCGCUGCUGUCGCCGCGACGCUGCCUGCUGCGGGAAUCGCAAUUGCAUCUUCCCAAACUCCCAGAACUGCUGCUCGGAUGGGCGUUACUGUAACAAGCCUGAUCGGUGUGUUAAGCGUCCGAAUGGGAGUAUCGGGUGUCUUACUCCUUAA